AUGGCGCGGACAAAGCAAGUUGCGCGCAAAUCGACGACCACCAGCAAGAAGAGCAAGCUGCUGGGUGCCAAGUCGACCCUGCCAGCCAAGAAGUUGGCCCCAAGGAAGUCAAUCACACCUGUGGCCGUCAAGAAGCCGAUCAAGAAGGCGGCGCGGAAGUCCGCGCCGCCGCGCGUGCCGGAGUCCGUGCCGCGCGUCAAGCGGCCGGCGCGCCAUGGCGCCAAGGCGCUCAAGGCAAGCGAGAUCAAGAAGUACCAGAAGACGGGCGACCUGCUGAUUCCCAAGGCCCCAUUCAUGCGCCUGGUGAAGGAGGUCACCCAGAAUGUGGCCGACUCGAAGGAUCUGCGCUACAAGCUGACCGCGGUGCAGGCGAUUCAGGAGGCGGCUGAGCAGUACCUGACUGGCCUGAUGGAGGACGCGCAGCUGUGCGCCAUCCACGCCAGGCGCAUCACUUUGUUCGUCAAAGACAUCCAGCUGGCGCGCCGCAUCAGGGGCGAGCGGCCGCUCUGA